CGAGGACGGAAGUGGCCGCGCGAGUCGGCGAGCGAGCGAGAGGGCGAGGCCGGAGUCCGCGAGCCACCCGGGAGGACGAGCGGGUUAGCGGGGCCGGCGGGCGGGGCGCGGAGCCGGGCAGCGCAGGUCUAGCCAGGCUGGAGAGCAGAAGCCGCCACCAUGGUCGCGCUGUCGCUGAAGAUCAGCAUCGGGAAUGUGGUGAAGACCAUGCAGUUCGAGCCAUCCACCAUGGUCUACGACGCCUGCCGCAUGAUCCGGGAGCGUAUCCCAGAGGUGCCGAGCGGCCCGCCCACUGACUUUGGGCUGUUUCUGUCGGAUGAUGACCCCAAAAAGGGUAUAUGGCUGGAGGCCGGGAAAGCUCUGGAUUACUAUAUGCUUCGAAAUGGGGACACCAUGGAGUAUAGGAAGAAGCAGCGGCCGCUGAAGAUCCGCAUGCUGGAUGGGACGGUGAAGACUAUCAUGGUAGAUGACUCCAAGACUGUCACAGACAUGCUUAUGACCAUCUGUGCCCGCAUUGGCAUCACCAACCAUGACGAAUAUUCUCUGGUUCGGGAGCUGAUGGAAGAGAAGAAGGAGGAGGUGACGGGGACCUUGCGGAAGGAUAAGACCCUGCUUCGAGAUGAGAAGAAGAUGGAGAAAUUAAAGCAGAAACUGCACACAGAUGACGAGUUGAACUGGCUGGACCAUGGCCGGACACUGCGGGAACAGGGCGUGGAGGAGCACGAGACGCUUCUGCUUCGGAGGAAAUUCUUCUACUCCGACCAGAACGUGGAUUCUCGCGACCCCGUCCAGCUGAACCUUCUUUAUGUGCAGGCCCGAGACGACAUCCUGAACGGCUCUCACCCCGUCUCCUUCGACAAGGCCUGUGAGUUCGCUGGCUUCCAAUGCCAGAUCCAGUUCGGGCCCCACAAUGAGCAGAAGCACAAGGCCGGCUUCCUCGACCUGAAGGACUUCCUGCCCAAGGAGUAUGUGAAGCAGAAGGGAGAGCGUAAGAUUUUCCAGGCACACAAGAAUUGUGGGCCGAUGACUGAGAUUGAAGCCAAGGUGCGCUAUGUGAAGCUCGCCCGUUCUCUCAAGACCUAUGGCGUCUCCUUUUUCCUGGUCAAGGAAAAAAUGAAAGGCAAGAACAAGCUGGUGCCCAGGCUCCUGGGCAUCACUAAGGAGUGUGUGAUGCGAGUGGAUGAGAAGACCAAAGAGGUGAUCCAGGAAUGGAACCUCACUAACAUUAAACGUUGGGCCGCCUCUCCCAAGAGCUUCACCCUGGAUUUCGGGGAUUACCAGGACGGCUACUACUCGGUGCAGACCACCGAGGGGGAACAGAUUGCGCAGCUCAUCGCCGGCUACAUCGACAUCAUCCUGAAGAAGAAAAAGAGCAAGGACCACUUCGGCCUGGAGGGAGAUGAAGAAUCCACCAUGCUGGAAGACUCCGUGUCCCCCAAGAAGUCAACCGUCCUCCAGCAGCAGUACAACCGGGUGGGGAAGGUGGAGCACGGCUCUGUGGCCCUGCCCGCCAUCAUGCGCUCUGGAGCCUCGGGCCCCGAGAAUUUCCAGGUGGGCAGCAUGCCCCCCGCCCAGCAGCAGGUCACCAGUGGCCAGAUGCACCGAGGACACAUGCCUCCGUUGACUUCCGCCCAGCAGGCGCUCACGGGAACCAUCAACUCCAGCAUGCAGGCCGUGCAGGCCGCCCAGGCCACGCUGGACGACUUCGACACACUGCCGCCCCUGGGCCAGGACGCCGCCUCCAAGGCCUGGCGGAAGAACAAGAUGGAUGAGUCAAAGCACGAGAUCCACUCGCAGGUGGACGCCAUCACCGCCGGCACCGCCUCCGUGGUGAACCUGACGGCUGGGGACCCCGCCGAGACCGACUACACGGCUGUGGGCUGCGCCGUCACCACCAUCUCCUCCAACCUGACCGAGAUGUCCCGCGGCGUGAAGCUGCUGGCCGCCCUGCUGGAGGACGAGGGGGGCAGCGGGCGGCCACUGCUGCAGGCCGCCAAGGGCCUGGCGGGGGCCGUGUCCGAGCUGCUACGCAGUGCCCAGCCUGCCAGCGCCGAGCCCCGGCAGAACCUGCUGCAGGCCGCUGGAAAUGUGGGCCAAGCCAGCGGGGAGCUAUUGCAGCAGAUUGGGGAGAGUGACACUGACCCCCACUUCCAGGAUGUGCUGAUGCAGCUAGCCAAGGCCGUGGCCAGUGCCGCGGCCGCCCUGGUCCUCAAGGCCAAGAGCGUGGCCCAGCGAACAGAGGACUCGGGCCUCCAGACCCAGGUCAUUGCUGCGGCAACACAGUGUGCCCUAUCCACCUCCCAGCUGGUGGCCUGUACCAAGGUGGUGGCACCUACAAUCAGCUCGCCCGUGUGCCAGGAGCAGCUGGUGGAGGCUGGCCGCCUGGUGGCCAAGGCGGUGGAGGGCUGUGUGUCUGCCUCGCAGGCAGCCACCGAAGACGCGCAGCUGCUGAGGGGGGUAGGGGCAGCCGCCACCGCUGUCACCCAGGCCCUGAACGAGCUGCUACAGCACGUGAGGGCCCAUGCCACAGGAGUGGGGCCAGCUGGCCGUUAUGACCAGGCCACAGACACCAUCCUCACCGUCACCGAGAACAUCUUCAGCUCCAUGGGCGAUGCUGGAGAGAUGGUGCGGCAGGCCCGAAUCCUGGCCCAAGCCACCUCGGACCUGGUCAAUGCCAUCAAGGCCGAUGCUGAAGGGGAGAGUGACCUGGAGAAUUCCCGCAAGCUCUUAAGCGCUGCCAAGAUCCUGGCCGAUGCCACAGCCAAGAUGGUGGAGGCUGCCAAGGGCGCCGCUGCCAACCCCGACAGUGAGGAGCAGCAGCAGCGGCUGCGGGAGGCUGCUGAGGGGCUGCGCAUGGCCACCAACGCGGCCGCGCAGAACGCCAUCAAGAAGAAGCUGGUGCAGCGCCUGGAGCAUGCGGCCAAGCAGGCGGCCGCCUCGGCUACACAGACCAUCGCCGCUGCCCAGCAUGCCACCGCCGCCCCCAAAGCGUCUGCGGGACCCCAGCCCCUGCUGGCACAGAGCUGCAAGGCUGUGGCCGAGCAGAUCCCGCUGCUGGUGCAGGGCGUGCGAGGCAGCCAAGCCCAGCCCGACAGCCCCAGUGCGCAGCUGGCCCUCAUCGCUGCCAGCCAGAGCUUCCUGCAGCCAGGCGGGAAGAUGGUGGCAGCUGCCAAGGCCUCCGUGCCCACCAUUCAGGACCAGGCCUCUGCCAUGCAGCUGAGUCAGUGUGCCAAAAACCUUGGCACCGCCUUGGCGGAGCUCCGCACCGCAGCCCAGAAGGCUCAGGAGGCAUGCGGGCCCCUGGAGAUGGAUUCAGCUCUGAGUGUGGUACAGAAUCUGGAGCGGGACCUGCAGGAGGUGAAGGCGGCAGCACGGGAUGGCAAGCUGAGACCCUUGCCGGGGGAGACGAUGGAGAAGUGUGCCCAGGAUCUGGGCACCAGCACCAAGGCCGUGAGCUCCGCCAUCGCCCAGCUGCUGGGAGAGGUCGCCCAGGGCAAUGAGAAUUACGCAGGCAUUGCUGCUCGGGAUGUGGCAGCGGGGCUGCGGGCCCUGGCCCAGGCCGCAAGGGGUGUUGCAGCCCUGUCGUCCGACCCUGCGGUGCAGGCCAUCGUGCUCGACACGGCCAGUGAUGUGCUGGACAAGGCCAACAGUCUCCUUGAGGAGGCGAAAAAGGCAGCCGGCCGGCCAGGGGACCCUGAGAGCCAACAGCGGCUUGCCCAGGUGGCUAAAGCAGUGACCCAGGCUCUGAACCGCUGCGUCAGCUGUCUGCCGGGCCAGCGCGAUGUGGACAAUGCCCUGAGGGCCGUGGGCGACGCCAGCAAGCGACUCCUGAGCGACUCGCUGCCCCCCAGCACUGGGACCUUCCAGGAAGCUCAGAGCCGGUUGAAUGAAGCUGCCGCCGGGCUGAAUCAGGCCGCCACGGAGCUGGUGCAGGCCUCUCGGGGCACCCCGCAGGACCUGGCGCGGGCCUCGGGCCGCUUCGGACAGGACUUCAGCACCUUCCUGGAGGCCGGCGUGGAGAUGGCAGCACAGGCACCGAGCCAGGAGGACCGGGCGCAGGUUGUGUCCAACCUGAAGGGCAUCUCCAUGUCUUCAAGCAAGCUUCUCCUGGCGGCCAAGGCCCUGUCCACAGACCCCGCUGCCCCUAACCUCAAGACUCAGCUGGCAGCAGCUGCCCGAGCCGUCACCGACAGCAUCAACCAGCUCAUCACCAUGUGCACCCAGCAGGCCCCAGGCCAGAAGGAGUGUGACAACGCCCUGCGGGAGCUGGAGACGGUCCGGGAACUGCUGGAGAACCCAGUGCAGCCCAUCAACGACAUGUCCUACUUCGGCUGCCUAGACAGCGUCAUGGAGAAUUCGAAGGUGCUGGGGGAGGCCAUGACGGGCAUCUCACAGAACGCCAAGAACGGGAACCUGCCCGAGUUUGGGGAAGCCAUUGCCACAGCCUCCAAGGCCCUGUGUGGCUUCACCGAGGCGGCUGCGCAGGCCGCCUACCUGGUGGGCGUCUCUGACCCCAACAGCCAGGCUGGACAGCAGGGACUGGUGGAGCCCACUCAGUUUGCCCGUGCCAACCAGGCCAUUCAGAUGGCCUGCCAGAGCUUGGGAGAGCCGGGCUGCACUCAGGCCCAGGUGCUCUCCGCAGCCACCAUCGUGGCCAAGCACACAUCUGCACUGUGUAACAGCUGCCGCCUGGCUUCCGCCCGGACCACCAACCCCACAGCCAAGCGCCAGUUUGUGCAGUCGGCCAAGGAGGUGGCCAACAGCACCGCCAACCUCGUCAAGACCAUCAAGGCACUGGACGGAGCCUUCACCGAGGAGAACCGCGCCCAGUGCCGCGCAGCCACCGCCCCUCUGCUGGAGGCUGUGGACAAUCUGAGCGCCUUUGCGUCCAACCCCGAGUUCUCCAGCGUCCCGGCCCAGAUCAGCCCCGAGGGCCGUGCGGCUAUGGAGCCCAUCGUGAUCUCUGCCAAAACCAUGCUGGAGAGUGCCGGAGGCCUCAUCCAGACCGCCCGGGCCCUGGCCGUCAAUCCCCGGGACCCCCCACGCUGGUCGGUGCUGGCUGGUCACUCGCGGACAGUCUCCGACUCCAUCAAGAAGCUGAUCACAAGCAUGAGGGACAAGGCCCCAGGGCAGCUGGAGUGUGAGACAGCAAUCGCAGCUCUGAACAGCUGCCUACGCGACCUGGACCAGGCUUCUCUGGCUGCGGUCAGCCAGCAGCUGGCUCCCCGUGAGGGCAUCUCUCAGGAGGCCUUGCACACGCAGAUGCUCACGGCCGUGCAGGAGAUCUCCCACCUGAUCGAGCCGCUGGCCAGCGCCGCCCGAGCCGAGGCCUCCCAGCUAGGCCACAAGGUGUCCCAGAUGGCUCAGUACUUCGAGCCACUCACCCUGGCUGCGGUGGGCGCUGCCUCCAAGACCUUGAGCCACCCACAGCAGAUGGCGCUGCUGGACCAGACCAAGACCUUGGCAGAGUCAGCCCUGCAGCUGCUGUACACCGCCAAGGAGGCGGGCGGGAACCCCAAGCAAGCAGCCCACACCCAGGAGGCCCUGGAGGAGGCCGUGCAGAUGAUGACCGAGGCCGUUGAGGACCUGACCACGACCCUCAACGAGGCGGCCAGUGCCGCCGGGGUGGUAGGGGGCAUGGUGGACUCCAUCACUCAGGCCAUCAACCAGUUAGAUGAAGGACCAAUGGGAGAGCCAGAAGGUUCUUUUGUGGAUUACCAGACCACAAUGGUGCGCACGGCCAAGGCCAUCGCAGUCACUGUUCAGGAGAUGGUCACCAAGUCAAACACCAGCCCUGAGGAGCUGGGCCCCCUCGCUAACCAGCUGACCAGCGACUACGGCCGUCUGGCCGCUCAAGCCAAGCCUGCCGCGGUGGCUGCGGAAAACGAAGAGAUUGGUGCCCACAUCAAGCACCGGGUCCAAGAGCUGGGCCACGGCUGUGCCGCUCUGGUCACCAAGGCAGGCGCCCUGCAGUGCAGCCCCAGCGAUGCCUACACCAAGAAGGAGCUCAUCGAGUGUGCCCGGAGAGUGUCGGAGAAGGUCUCCCACGUGCUGGCUGCGCUGCAGGCCGGAAACCGCGGCACACAGGCCUGCAUCACGGCCGCCAGCGCCGUGUCGGGCAUCAUCGCCGACCUUGACACCACCAUCAUGUUCGCCACGGCCGGCACACUCAACCGAGAGGGCACUGAGACAUUCGCUGACCACCGGGAGGGCAUUCUGAAGACAGCGAAGGUGCUGGUGGAAGACACGAAGGUGCUGGUGCAGAACGCGGCCGGGAGCCAGGAGAAGCUGGCCCAGGCAGCCCAGUCGUCUGUGGCCACCAUCACCCGCCUCGCUGAUGUGGUCAAGCUGGGGGCGGCCAGCCUGGGCGCUGAGGACCCCGAGACCCAGGUGGUGCUGAUCAAUGCAGUGAAGGACGUGGCCAAGGCCCUGGGAGACCUCAUCAGCGCCACCAAGGCCGCGGCCGGCAAAGUCGGGGAUGAUCCUGCCGUGUGGCAGCUCAAGAAUUCUGCCAAGGUCAUGGUGACCAACGUGACGUCCCUGCUGAAGACUGUGAAGGCUGUGGAGGAUGAGGCCACCAAAGGCACGCGGGCCCUGGAGGCCACCACAGAGCACAUACGGCAGGAGCUGGCGGUCUUCUGUUCCCCUGAGCCACCCGCCAAGACCUCAACCCCAGAGGAUUUCAUCCGGAUGACCAAGGGUAUCACCAUGGCAACAGCCAAGGCUGUCGCGGCGGGCAAUUCCUGUCGCCAGGAAGACGUCAUGGCCACCGCCAACCUGAGCCGGCGUGCCAUCGCAGACAUGCUCCGGGCCUGCAAGGAAGCAGCUUAUCACCCUGAAGUGGCCCCAGAGGUGCGCCUUCGAGCCCUGCACUACGGCCGAGAGUGUGCCAACGGCUAUCUGGAGCUGCUGGACCACGUGCUGCUGACUCUACAGAAGCCGAACCCAGAGCUGAAGCAGCAGCUGACAGGACACUCAAAGCGCGUGGCUGGUUCGGUCACAGAGCUCAUCCAGGCUGCCGAGGCCAUGAAGGGAACAGAAUGGGUGGACCCGGAGGACCCCACGGUCAUUGCCGAGAACGAGCUCCUGGGCGCUGCAGCAGCCAUCGAGGCUGCAGCCAAGAAGCUAGAGCAGCUGAAGCCUCGGGCCAAGCCCAAGGAGGCUGAUGAGUCCUUGAACUUUGAGGAGCAGAUACUGGAAGCCGCCAAGUCCAUUGCAGCUGCCACCAGUGCCCUGGUCAAGGCUGCCUCAGCGGCUCAGAGGGAGCUGGUGGCCCAAGGGAAGGUGGGCGCCAUCCCAGCCAACGCCCUGGAUGACGGCCAGUGGUCCCAGGGCCUCAUUUCUGCGGCCCGCAUGGUGGCCGCAGCCACCAACAACCUGUGUGAGGCCGCCAACGCUGCCGUGCAAGGCCAUGCCAGCCAGGAGAAGCUCAUCUCGUCGGCCAAGCAGGUCGCCGCCUCCACUGCCCAGCUGCUCGUGGCCUGCAAGGUCAAGGCCGACCAGGACUCGGAGGCAAUGAAGCGGCUCCAGGCGGCGGGCAAUGCAGUGAAGCGAGCCUCGGACAACCUGGUGAAGGCGGCCCAGAAAGCAGCAGCCUUUGAGGACCAAGAGAACGAGACAGUGGUGGUGAAGGAGAAGAUGGUCGGAGGCAUUGCCCAGAUCAUUGCCGCCCAGGAAGAGAUGCUCCGGAAGGAACGGGAGCUGGAGGAGGCACGGAAGAAGCUGGCCCAGAUCCGGCAGCAGCAGUACAAGUUCCUGCCCUCGGAGCUUCGAGACGAGCACUAGGGCACCCCCUCUAUUUAACGCAGACCCAGCCCAGAGACUGUGCCUGCCACUACCAAAGCCUUCUGGGCUGCCGGGCCCGCCCCGCCCCACCCCAGCACGCCCCAAAGUGCCUGCCAGACCCCGGGGCUGGCCCUGCCCGUCCCAUUGCACAUCCCUUGCCCGCUCCCCAAUUCCCCAAGUGCCUUCAUGCCCUAGGGCCCCCUAAGUGCCUGCCCCUCCCCAGAGUAUUAACACGCCGAGAGUAUUAAGCUGCUGUCCCUCAGUCUGAACCUGCCGGGGCCCCAGCCCGCUGCUCCCUGCCAGCAGCUUCCAGCCAGCUCCCCAGCCUUGCCGCACCUCAUCCUUUUUUGGUGGGGGAGAGGAAAUAUUCCUUCCACCCCCCCAUCCCUGGCUACCUUUGGGAGCUGCAGUGUUACAGGCUCUGAGUAGGUUUUGCUCCAAUAAAGGUGAUUCUUCCUCCGA